UGUAGAGGAGUGUAGUUGCAGUGCAGUCAUUCCAGUGUUGCAGGAGGAGGAGGAGCUUUAGCGCAGGAGGUAGGCAGAUUGCCAAUAAAAGAGCAGGGUCUAAAGGAAAGUGUUGUUUCGAGGUCGGGUGGACGCGGGCUGCUGCGUGGAGCAGGAGCGAACCAAGUGCGAGAAAGCGGGAGGAAUUUGGUGGGUUUUUUUCGCUGUGUGGAGUAGGGGGAAAAUGGACGCCAGCAUGGCCGUGGAAGUUGGAGUGCUUGACCCAGACCUUCUCCAGCUCACUGACCUUCCCAUGCCGGCAACUAAGCCUCUUCAGUGCAAGCUCAGGCUGGACGAUCUUUUCUCACAGUGGCUUUCUCUUCCCGAUUCCCAGCGUUUGGUGUUAUCGCUUCUAGAAGAUGUCAAAGCGGGAGUAGUUUUGUCGGUUCCCGGAGGUCCUAGCAAUGGGAGCACGGGAGCCUCCGCAUCAUUGCUACCAUCAAUGUUUCCUGCAGGAAAUACCCCACCACUGUCACCCAGAAGUACGGCUGGCUCCCCUCUAUCCCCAAAAUCACCCAUGAAGCGAACUGGAUCUGGACCAACGGCUACAGGGUCUCCUUUGAAGAAGACAAGUGAACCUGUGAAAGAAAUUAUUCCGCAGUUCUACUUCCCUCAUGGUCCUCCAGCUCCAAAAGAAGUUGAAGAGGAGUGCUUAGCGAAAAUCGACAAACUUUUUUUUGGUCAUCCGGAUGGUCUUCCUAUUGCAGCAUUCACAUGUGUGACCAAGGAUGUAUGCAAGCUUCCGUCUUUCUUUUCGAGCUCCCUUUACAAGAAGAUUGAUACAGAUAAUACUGGACUUAUUACGAAGGAGCAGUUUCUUAAAUACUGGACUGAGAAGAAUAUGCUCACAACAGACCUUGUGACUAGAGUUUUCCAAGUGUUGAAACAACCAGAUAAAAACUAUCUCACGCAGGAUGACUUUAGGCCAAUCCUCAGAGAACUGCUCUUGACCCAUCAUGGUCUAGAGUUUCUGCAUGAUACACCUGAGUUUCAAGAAAGAUAUGCGGAGACGGUUAUAUACAGAAUAUUUUACCACAUAAACAGAUCAGGAAACGGGCGACUCCAACUAAGAGAGCUCAAGCGCAGCAAUCUCGUUACGGCGUUACAACAAGUUGAUGAAGAGGAGGAUAUAAAUAAAGUUUUGAAGUACUUCUCUUAUGAACAUUUCUACGUGAUCUACUGCAAGUUUUGGGAACUGGACACUGAUCACGAUUUUCUUAUCGAUAAGGAUGAUCUUCUUCGCUAUGGCAAUCAUGCUUUGACAUACCGAAUAGUUGAAAGAAUAUUCUCCCAGGUUCCAAGAAAGUUUACGAGCACAGUAGCCAACAAGAUGGGAUACGAGGAUUUUGUGUGGUUUAUUUUGUCCGAGGAGGACAAGUCCUCAGAACCCAGUCUUGAAUACUGGUUCAAGUGUGUAGAUCUGGAUGGUGAUGGCAUCAUUACACCUAACGAGAUGCAGUAUUUUUACGAAGAGCAAUUGCACCGAAUGGAGUGUAUGGCACAAGAACGUGUUCUCUUCGAAGAUAUUGUCUGCCAAAUGGCAGACAUGAUUUGUCCUGAGAAAGAAGGACAGUUGACACUACGCGAUCUCAAGCGUUGCAAACUCUCUGGAAACUUCUUCAACAUCCUCUUCAACUUAAAUAAAUUUGUGGCGUUUGAAACUCGUGAUCCGUUUCUAAUUCGACAGGAGAGAGAGGAUCCAAGUUUGACAGAGUGGGAUCGCUUUGCGCACCAAGAAUACAUUCGGUUGUCAAUGGAGGAAGACGGUGAGGAUGCUUCUAAUGGCAGUGCAGAAGUAUGGGAUGAAUCACUUGAAGCACCUUUUUGAAGUCUGUGAUAACACAGUUCUCUCCAUUGAUUGGGAAAGACAGACCAACCCUGUCACCGUCAGGGCAGGGACUAGUCUGCUUUACUCAUGCCGCUGUUAAUUGGACCAAACUCAAGAAGGAAACAACCACCAUUUGAUUUCUGACGUGGGUCUGAAAUGUUCCCCACUCCGUUUGCAUCAGGCCGUGUGGAGUAACUGCUUAGUCAACAUGAUGAUGGGCAUUCAUAUUCAUUCUUUCACCAGUGUGAAGAACACUUUGACCAAGAGAGCAGGUUUUGGCAGGCUUGUAAUGUUCCUGGAAGUUACCAUUGUUGUAACUUGUGUGAUUGAUGGGCUUCAAGUGCCGUUCAGAUUUCAUGGUAACAUUGGCACCUUUUCGUUGGAUGCAAGCGAGCAACGUUAUAUUGUAGAUCAACCGGUAGGGACCAUUAGCAUGCUAGUUAACUGUCAGGCAAGCAGGCAAUGUAUACAGAUCACAAUGGGAUGUCAGGAAGCUCUGUUAAUGGUGGCUUUAGUUUACUGGACGCAGAAGUAGCUUAGGCUGAGUUGAUUACAGAUCAGCCUCCUUUACCAUUGAAAUGUACAUUACCGAUGAAAGGAAAUCAGGGAAACCAGAGGCGUAGCUGUGGGCUAUAUAGUACUGUAGUGGGUUCGGUUUUCAUGCUGUAAAUGCAGAUUUUUCAAUCUCCAGGGCAGGUUUAGUGACCACGUUUGCUAUCAUUAUGGAGUAUAGGGAGAGAGGUCAUGCCUUUGCGCCGACGAACUUCGCAAUAUUUGAUGCUGUGGUUGAGGAUAGUCCUCCUGUGGUAUGAGCUGUAAGUUGGUGAAACAAGCAAGUAGGUCAUUCAGUGCCAUGUGAAUGCCUCACAUGUCAAUGUCUGUUAUGAGCAAACAUGCAUGUCUCCGCCGUGUGUGUACAAUCUAUUGUUUGUUUCUUCCUUGUGUUCGAGGAAGCUGGUUCUGUACACCCUCCAGCCUUGCAGAAAACCUGCGGUACUAUGUGUUAUAUGAUUGCAAACUCGUCGAGAGUCGCAGGAUCAAUUGUGUGAUGAUUUGGGUGUCAUAAAUUCAAGUACGAGCUUAAUGGCACUGUUCUUUCUAUAUGCCGUGUUCGUGGCUGGCAGAAGUAAC